AUGGCUAGUUCCAAGGUUGUGUGCGCAUGCAUUCUCACCAUUCUUGUCAUGUCAAGCCAGGCUGACGCGAGGCGGCUGGUGGCUGCGACGUGCAACGGGAAGGAAGCAGCAUGCAAGGGUGGCAUCUUCGUCGAAGGAUAUGGAGGCUUCAGUGCAAAGCAAAAAAUGGCCACUGCGACGAGCAAUGAGCAAACCGGCGAGGGCAUGCCGGCGACGACCACGGACUCCCGGCCUACGGCUCCCGGCAACAGCCCCGGUAUCGGCAACAAAGGGAAGAUCAACAACUAG